AUGGCUUUCGGUUCUAAAGUUCACAACGCUAAACCUAACGAGGAUUUGAAAUGGUCCAAUGCUCCGGCGAACAAGCUCGACUUGAAAACGUUGAGAGUGGCAAUAGUUGGAGGUACUGCAGGUAUUGGCCAAAGUCUAGCCCAGCUUUUUGGCAGCAGAGGUGCUGAAGUGGUUGUGGUCGGUAGAACUUUCAGAGACCAAAAUUCGAAAAAUGUUUCGUUUAUCAAAGCGGACUUGGAACUCAUGUCCGAGGCCAAGAGAGUUGCUCAAGUACUCGCUCAAAAGCCAUUGGACUUGGUGAUAUUUACCACAGGUAUCUUAGCGGCUCCCAAGCGUGAGGAAACUACGGAAGGGCUAGAGCGGGACAUAGCGGUAAGCUACUUGAGCAGAUUGGUUAUUGUUCGCAAUCUUCUACCGCACAUUGAAAAGUCGCACACCAAUCUUGUUAAAAAGCCAAGAGUUUUCAUUUAUGGUUUCCCGUGCGCUGGGGAAAAAGGAAGUCCCGAUGAUUUGAAUUCUUAUGUUGACUACGAGGGAAUGAAGACACACAUGGCCACAGUGGCUGGGAAUGAAGCCCUUGUGCACGACACGGCCCGCCGUUUCCCCAGCAUCGCCGUGUAUGGUGUAAACCCUGGUUUGAUCAAAACGGCCAUCCGUAAUAACUUCUUGGGAGCCCGUAGUUGGAAAUCAUUUUCCGUUGAGAGCGCUAUCGGCUUGCUGUUUCAAAACACAAAGCAGUACGCCGUGAAGAACGUUCCAAUGAUGGUGGCUCCCGAGCUGGACGAUUAUACUGCUGCCUUUUUCGAUAGCUUUGGCAAGCCUAUUCUUUCCGACGGAUUUCCUGAAUCGUAUGUUGAGAAAUACAUCCGUAACUCAGAGGAGUUGCUGAAAAAGUCGGGUGUUCCUUACUACUAA